CAGCAGCCGACAACCCCGACAUGGAUACUGAUUCAGACGGGCACGGGGGCAACGGCGGCGGGAACGGCGCCGGAGGGGCCAACGACGGAGAUGAUGACAGCGACGAAGAAGACAGCGACGACAGCGACAUGGGUGGUGGUGGGAGCGGGGGGGCAAAGGGGGGAAGGAAAGGCGGUGGCGGUGGUGGUGACGGCGGCGGCGGAGGCGGGCCGGGCAAGCUUCCGACGGCGAAUGAGGCGUUCUUUGCGGACUUAUAGGGAGGUUGUCUGGUUUUAACCGUUUUGUUUUUUGUGUCUACUGUGUGUGCUGUGCGCCCCUCCCAUGUCAAGCAUAGUUCCCGCCGUUUUGAGAAUGCCAGUGUUUUUUCUUAGAGGAGUGGCCAAAAUCGGGUACACCCGGCCCCAAUCCGGCCAUUAGCACUUGUUUUACACAGUCGGCAGCGCCCUCCUGGCGCCAUCUGAUUGGCUGACGCCCGCCCCUACCCGGCCCUGACCCUAGUCCCACCGGGUGCACCCGAUCUUGGCUACAGCGCGCUGCCGACUGCUGUAAAACAAGUGUACCCGAUUUUGGCCCCUCCUCUUUUUUUUAAGAGUGCAAUACGCCCAAUACACCAAGUAAACUCAGCCGGUGGCUGGGCGAGUGGAGCCUUCUCACGUUAAGCUGUAUGUGGAGGGGGAGCGGUGGGCUUUGUGCAUUGUCGAAAUAUCUUACAUCGAUCUCGUUCGUCGGCAAUGUCACCUGCUGCGAAGUCUGUUGGCGACAAGCUUCUCGUUCUGUAGUUGUGGCGUGUUUUCGUUGAUUUUUAAUUUCUGUUUCUUUUCGAUCAUUUAGUUUGUCUUUGAUCGUUGGGACUAUUGCACCCCCUCUGGGCUGGUUAAACUGUGACGAUGGAAGGUGCCCGCGUCUGUUGGACCAAGCAUAGAAGGGUCGGUCGAGCAGAGAUCGGAGAUCGGAAACGGUUUCUUCUGAGCAGGGAGCGACAACACACCAACAUCAUCGAUGUCCACAAUAACAAUCCUCGGACGGCGUU